CAUGGUUUGGAACUGGUUUGGAACUGUCAAAUUUUGUAGGGGCUGUUUUGUUGAUGGGAGGGAUUGUGAAUGGGGCAAAGAAAAUACUUUUAAAUUAGUUUCUUUAUUAUACACCACUAAAAAUGGAUAAUAAUCUAAAACUAGUUCACAAAUAAAACUAUGUGAAGGACAUAUCAACGAAAAGAAAUUUAUAUUUUUAUUUAUACGUAUAUUUUUAGCUGUAGGAAAUUUAUAACCUCAAAAUGUUAAAGGAAAAAGGACAGCUUAAAUUUGAAGAUAAGUGGACAUAUAUGCGACCUAUUGUUCUGAAACUUCUCAAACAAGAACCAGUGUCUCCUGCAGAGUGGCAAGAACUUUUUUAUGAUGUGCAUUUGGUGUGUUUGUGGGAUGAAAAGGGGCCUGUUAAAUUACGGGAUCACCUUCAUGAAGACAUAGUACAGUUUAUUAAGCAAGCCCAAAAUAGAGUUUUAGCUCAAAGACAAGAGGAGGCCUUACUAAAAGCUUACAUAGCAGAAUGGAGAAAAUUCUUUACACAGUGUAACUAUUUACCAACACCUUUUAGACAGUUAGAGAGCAGUCUACAAGGAAAGACGACAUCAGCUAGCUCAAGUAUGCAAAGUAAUAAUAACAGUAAAAAAGGCCCAAUUGAUGAAAGUAUAGUCAGAAAACUUAUGCUUGACAGUUGGAAUGACAGUAUAUUUAGUGAUAUUAAACACAGACUGCAAGAAAGUGCUAUGAAACUUGUACAUGCAGAAAGAAAUGGAGAAGCAUUUGAUUCACAGCUUGUUAUAGGUGUGAGAGAAUCAUAUGUUAAUCUAUGUUCAAACACCGAGGACAGAUUACAAAUAUACAGAGAAAAUUUUGAAGCAGCAUAUAUACAAAGUACGGAAAUGUUUUAUCGAAUGAAAGCUCCCGAACAAUUAGCUACUAAUGGGGUACAGGCUUACAUGAGAUAUGCUGAUGCUAAAUUAAGGGAGGAAGAAGCAAGAGCUCAAAGAUAUUUAGAAGCUGGUAGUAAUGGGGUUAUUCAGUGCUGUGUGAAGGUGCUAGUUGGAAAUCCAUUAUCAGUACUCUUAGCAGAGUGUGCCCCAUUGAUAAAAGCCGGGGAAACAGAAAGACUGCAGUUAAUGUUUAGGUUAUUAGAAAGAGUACCCGAAGGGGUACAGCCUAUGCUUAGAGAGCUUGAGAAUCAUAUAACUCAGGCGGGAUUAGCUGACAUGGUUGCUGCGGCAGAUAUUAUUACUCAGGAUUCAGAAAAAUAUGUGGAAAGGUUGUUGGAACUUUUUAGGAAAUUUAGUAAAUUAGUUCAUGAUGCUUUCUCAGAUGACCCCCGAUUUCUGACAGCAAGAGAUAAGGCAUUUAAGGCUGUGGUUAAUGAUACAACUGUUUUUAGAUUAGAAUUGGGUACAGGAAGGAAUAUAGGAGGUAAAAUGGUUGCUCCUGAAAGUAAGUGUCCGGAACUUCUGGCAAAUUAUUGUGAUAUGUUGCUAAGAAGGACCCCCCUUUCAAAAAGACUCACUAGUGAGGAAAUAGAAUCUAGGUUGAGAGAUGUGCUGUUAGUUUUAAAAUAUGUAUCAAACAAGGACGUGUUUAUGAGGUAUCAUAAAGCGCACUUAACAAGGAGGCUUAUUUUGGAUGCAAGUGCUGAUAGUGAGAAGGAAGAAGAUAUGGUUGAAUGGUUGAGGGAAGUUGGUAUGCCUGCAGAUUAUGUAAAUAAAUUAGCUCGUAUGUUCCAAGACAUUAAAGUAAGUGAGGAUCUUAAUGCGCAAUUUAGGACGUCAACCGCCCGUCAUGACGCUAUCAAUAUCAAAAUUUUGAAUGCUGGUGCAUGGGCCAGAGGUUCCGAAAGAGUUACAGUGAGUCUUCCUGUUGAAUUAGAGGACUAUAUUCCCGAGGUUGAAGAGUUUUAUAAAAAGAAGCAUAAUGGAAGGAAGCUGCAAUGGUACCAUCACAUGAGCAACGGAACCAUAACGUUUGCUACGACCAGCGGAAAAUUCGAUCUGGACGUGACCACAUUCCAAAUGGCGGUACUGUUUGCUUGGAACCAAAGGCCUCACGAUAAAAUAACCUACGAAAAUUUAAGGCUAGCAACAGAGUUACCAGAUGGCGAACUAAGACGAACUUUAUGGUCUCUGGUCGCUUUUCCCAAACUAAAACGACAGUUACUGCUUUUCAAUCCACCCGCUACUGCUCCCAAGGACUUUGACGAACACACUACUUUCUGGGUAAAUCAGGAUUUCGCCCUUAUUAAAAAUGCAAGGCCCCAGAGACGAGGAAAGGUUAAUUUAGUUGGCCGGUUACAACUAAGUACAGAGAGGUCUCAAAUCGAGGAUAAUCAGUCGAUUGUACAGUUGAGGAUUCUUAGAACACAGGAGGCUAUCAUAAAAAUCUUGAAAAUGCGAAAAAAGAUUUCUAACGCCGCUUUACAAAGCGAGUUAGUCGAUAUUUUAAAGAAUAUGUUCCUACCAUCUAAGAAAAUGAUUAAAGAACAACUAGAAUGGUUGAUUGAGCACAAAUACAUGAGAAGAGACGACGAUGAUAUUAAUACUUUUAUUUAUAUGGCAUAAUUUGUUAUAUAUACUAAGAAUAAAAGAAUUGUUAUUAACUUG